CCCAACAUCUUUGCAGUUAUGCCUGGAGACCAAAGAAGGCUCCAGUACUGGUUUACAAUUGGUCCAAGUGCCCGAGCCGCCCGGCCAUCUCCAAUCUCAGCGAGCGAGCAACCUACGAUGUAGAUCACCGCCUCUGAGUCAUAUAGGAGGUCUGAUAUAUAAGAUCAAUUGAGAUUUACGAUUCUUGCAUGAAAAUCAAAGAUACUCUACAAAGAUGCCGCAAACAGAAACAGUCACGCUCCACGAACUGGAAUCCUUUGACGCCGGCCUACAGAGCCAGACUAUGCACCACGACGAUGAGGAAACUAUUGAGUCUUCGGUAUCAUUACGACCAGAGUCCAACAAGACAAGGACCGGCGUUCUUCUUGGGUCUUCGUUGCUGCAGUUGCCAAUGUGGGGCUUUGCCAUGAGCUACGGUGUUUUUCAGGAGUAUUACAAUGACAACUUGUCUCUCAAAGGAGGCCGAGAGCUUACCGGUAUCAUCGGGACGACGUCCAAUGGUGUUAUCUACCUGUCAAUGCCAAUACUGUUCGCUUUAUUCACGAGAAGAUGGGCUCAUAGACGACAGACCGCGGCCCUUUUCGGGGCACUGCUUGUCAGCACCAGCUUCCUUAUAUCUUCCUUCAGCACAGAUAUUUGGCACCUACUGGCGACACAAGGAGUCAUGGCCGCACUUGGGAGCGCGCUCAUCUACAGCCCGGUCACACUGUCCCUCGGAGAAUGGUAUAGCACGAACAAUCGUGCUCUUGCUCUGGGUUUCACAUUGUCAUGUAAGAACAUUGUUGGUUCUACAUGCCCCUUCCUCUUUCGGGGACUUCUGGACCGAUAUGGGUUCCGCGGAUCGCUAAGGGUAUGGGCAGCUAUCUGCGUUGGAACAAGUGUCGUGUCAAUUCUGUUGAUACCCACUCCACCAAUGACGCUCUCUGCAAGAACGAAUCAUCGGGAUCGUAGAAUGCCUUGGGCGUUCCUCAGACAUCGGACUUUCUACGUAUACUCUUUUGCCACAAUUCUGCAGAGUGCUGGAUACGGUAUACCGCAAACAUUCCUGCCUGAAUAUGCUCGAGAGGUCACACUCCUAUCUCAGACGUGGUCUACUCUUCUCCUCACACUCUUCAAUGUUCCUGGCAUUAUAUCUUCGACGUUCUUCGGAUUCUUGAGUAAUGGUGGACGCGGUAAGCUGUCGGCAUCUACAAUCACAGCUAUCUCAGCCGGCUGCUCCGCAUUGUCUGCGUUCCUGUUCUGGGGACUGACAUCUCGAGGUAGCCUGGUACUGUUAUUGGUGUUUUCUAUGACGUUUGGUUUCUUUUCAGGUGGUUACAGCUCUACCUGGGGUGGCAUUAUCAACGAACUAGAAUGUGAAGCUGCUCAGAGAAAUGAGGCGAUUGACAGUGGUAUGCUAUAUGGUCUGCUUAAUGGGGCCAGGGGUAUUGGAUACGUUUCCGGUGGUCUCGCUGGUGUACCCUUGCUCCGAGCUGGAAGCGCUGCUUCCGUCGGGAGAUUUGGGUACGAAAGUGGCUACGGACCUCUAAUCGUCUUCACAGGCCUCUCGUCAGUAUGCGGAGGCUGGGGCUUGUUAUGGAAAUGGACAAGACUAUCACAAAAUGCAUAGUCUUCGCUUCACCCGUAUAAUGAUCCAUCAUCUGAAUCAUUGGUUUGAUCUUGUUGGGUAAGCACUUGUGGCGAUUCGUAAGAAGUUUUCAAUUCCGGCCGAGUUCAUCUUGAAGCUGGUGGCUACAGCACAUCAUUGCAUGUCAUCCUUAAUCUUCCUGGUUUUUUGCACCCUGAGCACAUUGAACGGAAUAAAGCUCAGAUGUAAUAUACCCAGGUUCAGCUACACGACACAAGUCAUCAGCGGGAUGUUGUACUUGCACAGAUGUUGCUACCCACUUGCUGCUAGAUACGAAGUUGGACCGGGUGAUGGAUGCAGCCCCGCUCUUGAUGGGUGAUCAUCGCUGCCCUAGCCACGAUUUGGCCAUAGAGCGACGAAAGCAAGGUAACAUGUUGCGGAUCCAUCCAUUCUUCCCAA